AUGUCAAGAAGAAGGCAACGUAAAGUUCAACAACAAUCAUCAACCUCACUUUUAAAAGAAACAAAAGAGAAUGAUGAUCAUAUUUCCUCCAUAACUCAACUGUGGACGUUACCUAGAACAACCUUAUUAUUAAUCACACCAAUUUUAACCUCAACAACUCUUCAAAUAUCUCCACGAUAUAUUGAACCGGUUUACGGAAAUGUAUUCUCAUCAAUUUACUUUCUUCAAACAGCUUUUGCUUCAAUACUUUUGGGAAUUUCAAUUGGAAUUGGAUUUGUAAUUAAAUCGAAGGAGAAUUCUCCUACAAUUAAAGAUCAAAAAUUAGCAAAAACUUUAAUAUUCGGAAUUGAUUUGUGCGGAAUUAUACUUGCUUUAUCUCCAUUAAACAUUAAAAUGUUGUUUGGACUUAGUGAUAUGCUUGGACCAUAUAUUGGACCUCACGUAACACAACUUGGAUUGGCCUAUCCAACAAUGUUUUUAUUAGGAUUUCUUAAUACAAUUGCUUGUGCUAGUUUAUCAAGAGAACAAAACCUUCCGGUUCUAAGAUGGGUUUCCUACAUUGCUAUGCAUAUUACUAUAACUAAAACAUUAACUUAUGUUCUUUAUAAUGUUGUGGAUAUUGGCCAAACCUGUCAUAGAUUAUGUUAUUCGGGUUUAAUAAUGGCUUUAAUCGGUACUCUCUUUAAAUUUUUAUUGCAAAAUUAUGGUGAAAUUAAUUUAGUCGAAGAUAUUGUUCAAAGACACAAAAUAUUGGUUGAAACAUCUUUAUCUUUUAAACUCCGUUUUGCGAGCUUUUUGUUAUUACCACAAAUCAUUAUUAUAUUACUUGUAAUAUAUAAUGCUAAUUUUAAUCCACAUUGCAAUUCUGGAAUGUUGCAGAAAACGAUUGUAAACGGAACGGAAUAUACAAUCCUCGCACGAAACGAGUCAAUCACCGGAUGGAUUGAAGUAGUUGAGGAAAUAAAACCUCGAAACAUCCGUGUGAUGCGUGUAGGACACUCUUUAAUAGGCGGAAUUUAUAGAGACACAAAUGAUUCGGUAUUUGGAUCUUUUUAUUUUUUAGAAGCUGUAAGGUUAAUAAAAAACAGAAAAAAAUCCGAACAAGAAAGAGCUCUUCAAAUUGGUUUAGGAAUCGGGGUAUCGUCAAAAUCAUUACAGGAUCAUAAUGUUUUAUUGGAUAUUGUAGAAUUGGAUCCUGUAGUUUAUAACUUCGCAGUAAAUUAUUUUGGUCUUGAACCUAAACAUAAUAUUUAUAUUCAAGAUGGUAGAAAAUUCAUAAAUAAUGCACCUUCUCAAUAUUAUGAUUAUGUUUUGCAUGAUGUGUUCACUGGAGGUUCAGUUCCUUCAGUUUUAUUUUCUAUUGAAGCUUUAGAACAGAUUAAGAGAAUUCUUAAAGAGAAUGGUGUUUUGGCUUUGGUCUUUUUUGCUUCAGAUAGAUCGAUUUCUUUUAGAAAUCCCACGUACGAAGAUUUUAUGGAUAGUGCAAUGAGAGAAUACAUGUUGGGAAGUUUUACGCAAUGGUCAGUUGAUUUAACAAAAUUUAAGAAUGUAACUAAUAUUAUUACAGAUUUACGUAAUCCUUUGGAUGAAUUACAACAAUUAUCUGCUUUCGAACAUUGGAAUGUUAUGAGGACUAUAUUUCCUCAAGAAUUUUGGAUUAAUUUUUAA